CGGACGGACGUUGAAUUGGUUGUAUAAGGAUCACAUUUUGGAUUGAAAAUUAAAAAUACGUUGAUAAUCAUCGUUGAAUAUAGUUCGUGGUUUUAGAACGUUUAUAGUGACCCAGAAAAGUGUACCCUUGAAGUUUUCAAGUCUGAACUUGCAUUCGUGAGUAGUGUUUGUUCCUGUAUCGAAAUCCCCAGUGAACGAACUCAAAGCUUACUGAGUUGGAACCGCACGAAUAAGCAUAUCACAGUUGAAAGAUUUCCAUGCUAGAUUGUCGAAUGUCAGCGCGCGCGCGUUUGUUUGUGUAUAGGACCGUGCAAGCAUAAAAUGCCACUAUAGCGUGCGAGGAGAACUGGACACACAUGCGAAGAUGGCUGCAUCAAGGUCGCCACUCGGUCGGAUCCGCAAGCGACACCAAGCGAGAAACGGGUGUGAAACUGAAUGGUUGUACAAAUACGACGUUUUUCCCGUUGAUACAGUGGUGAAAAUACGCUAACGAUAGCAAGGCGGAUUCAAAGGCAGCUGGAAACAACACGUUAAUUAGUAAUCUCGAACUUUGCCGUUAGUUUACCGCGCAUAAGUUAUUCACCCGUGCUGGGUUACACGCUAGAAACUGUGAUUAAUUAGUGAUUUUUAGUGUAAUUUGUUAAUGAAAGCGUGAUUCAAAAUGGCGGAAAACGUGAAAGUUGUCGUACGUUGCCGACCGAUGAAUAAACGGGAACAGCAGGCGGGGUGUAAGAACAUAACACAAAUCGACAACGCAGCGGUUAAUCUGGACAAUCCCAACGACAAAAGUGCCCCGCAGAAAUCGUUCAAGUUUGAUAGCGCCUAUGGCUAUGCAGCCACCACCGAGAACAUCUACAGCGACAUCUGUUAUCCACUAGUAGAGAGCGUCCUCGAGGGUUACAACGCCACCAUUUUUGCCUACGGACAAACAGGAUGUGGAAAAUCGCACACCAUGCAGGGAACCACGUACAACCUAGCGGCAGCGGAUCCGAACAAUGCCAAUAAUAUCGGUAUCAUACCGCGAUCGUUUGAGCACGUGUUCGAAGCGAUUGCCGUCGCAAGCGACAUGCGCUAUCUGGUGCUCGCUAGCUAUCUGGAAAUUUACAACGAAACGAUUCGAGAUUUGCUGCAGCCGUCCAGUGCGGGUGCCACCGGUCUAGCGAUUAAGGAAGUUCCCGGGGAAGGUGUAACAGUACAGGGCUUAUCGAUGCACACGAUUCACGGAAUGAAGGAGUGCAUAGAACUGUUGGAAGCGGGAGCCAAGAACCGUAUCGUAGGUGCGACGUUGAUGAACAUUGAGAGCUCCCGGUCGCAUUCGAUUUUUACCAUUAGUUUAGAACAAAUGUCGACCAACCAAGGUCAACAUGCUGUGAUAAAGCGAGGGAAGCUGAAUCUGGUUGAUUUGGCUGGUUCGGAACGGCAGAGUAAAACCGGUGCAACCGGAGAGCGGUUCAAGGAAGCGACAAAGAUUAAUCUUUCACUUUCGGCCCUUGGCAAUGUGAUAUCGGCAUUGGUUGACGGGAAAACGAAACAUGUGCCUUACCGGGAUUCGAAGCUAACACGGCUGUUACAGGAUUCUUUGGGAGGUAACACAAAAACUCUGAUGAUAGCCUGUAUCUCCCCGGCUGAUUCGAACUACGACGAAACGUUAUCCACGCUGCGCUACGCAAAUCGGGCGAAGAACAUCGCCAACAAACCAAAAGUGAACGAGGAUCCCAAGGAUACCAUGCUUCGAGAGUACCAACAGGAGAUCCAACGACUGAAAUAUCUGUUGGCAAGUGAAGGAAAGGAUGAUAACAUGAUUCCUAAUGGCAAUGUUCAAGAACCGAAUGAAGUUGAAGCUGACGCUUCAAUUGACGAUGAGAAGGGUACUCACGAAGGCCAGUACGAUUUAGAGGUAAACGGUUUGAGAAAGGAAUACGAACAACAGAAAAUCGCCAAACAACAGCUGGUGAAGGACAUUGAAAAGAUCAAGUCGUACUACGAAGGACAGAUGCAACAGUUGGUAUCGAAAAGAGACACCGAAAAAGCCCUGGAACCGGCAGCUCCUGUAGAUAAGCAGGAAAUAUACGAUCGGAUCAAGCUGAUUAAAGAUGCUCUGAUAGGUGGCGAGAGGGCUAAUGAUGUACAGUUAAAGGAAAAACGAUAUCGUAACAAACUGGCCUCGGAGAAACGACUGAACGCUUUGGCACACGCAAUCAGCAGGGUGCAGCAAAGUGAAGACCGGGAUCUACUGCAGGGCCACUACACCGAUAUUCAGCAGGAGCUCAAAGUUCGACACGAACAGAUACGGCAGCAGAGAAAGCGUAUAAAAUCCCUAGAGAGCGAUAUCUCGGAUAUUCAAGGGGAAUUUCAGACUGACCGAGCAGAUUAUCUGGCGACGAUAAGACUGCUGGAAAAGAAGAUUCUUUUCUACGAGGCCGUCUUUCAGAAAGCGUUGCCCGUGCUGCGGAAGGACGGACGCUACUGGAAUCUUGAGUGUUUGGAGAUCAACUCCGAGUGGAAUGAUGAUCUGAGGAAAUGGAAACUGCCGGAUGAUACACUCUUGAGGGUGCGGCUACCGCCGGCGGAUCCCAUCCAGCCUGGAUCGUCCCCGAAGAACGGCCGCGACAGUCAAACGUCCCUCACGGCACCAGGUCGGUUGGAGCGUAGCUCAACCUUAAUCCUAACAAAGCUACCCGAUUUCGACAGUACCAACUCAUCCGCCAGUGAAUCAUCUCGCAAACAGGAAUUCCUCAGCAAAAGCACCAACUGCAACCCAUUUCCAAAGAUAGAAGAUGUGGCGAUGUCCUACUUUCGACCACGGCGAGCUGCUGAAUUGGUAUACCGGAGCGGCUGGGGGAAUCUACAGAAGUAGCUUUAACAGUUAGGAAAGGAUUCAUCUCAAAGGUGUGUUGUGAUUUAGAAAAAAAAUGUAUUUUUAAACAGAGCUUAUUUUUUGGUAUGAAAUA